AUGCAUUGCUUGCACUUUUCCACACUCCCAUCGGUAAAUAAGGCAUCUUUUUCAAAGGUCGCUUCGACUCGCGUCUCCGUUCUUUCCAAUGGGCUUCGGGUUGCCACCGAGCGUCUCGAUAUGGCCACCGCUACUGUUGGCAUGUGGAUCGAUACCGGAUCAAGAUACGAGACCGAGCAGAAUAACGGGACCGCUCAUUUUCUCGAACAUAUGACAUUCAAGGGCACCAAACGCCGAUCGCAAUCUGAUAUUGAGCUGGAAAUCGAAAAUAUGGGGGGCCAUCUAAACGCCUAUACUUCCCGCGAACAAACGUGCUUUUAUGCCAAAACUUUAAGACAGGAUGUUCCUGCGGCCAUGGAUAUCUUAUCUGACCUUCUUCAAAACGCGGUUUUGGAUCCCCGGGCAAUUGAACGCGAAAGAGACGUCAUUUUGCGAGAGCAUGAAGAGGUCAAUAAGAACAUGGAAGAGGUCAUCAUGGACUACCUUCACUCGGUUGCCUUCCAAGGAACUCCCCUAGGAAGGACCAUUUUAGGAAGCCAAGAGAAUAUUAGAAAAAUCUCAAAAAGCGACAUUCAGCAGUACAUAGCGGACAACUAUUCCGCAUCCCGCAUGGUUCUAGCCGCGGCGGGAGAUGUUGACSACGAUGCCAUUGUUACGCUGGCUGAAAAGCUAUUUUCACGCAUCCCAAAAACAACAUCCAUUUGCAAGCCUCCCCCGGCACCAUAUACCGGUGCAGAGGUUCGUGUGAGAAACGACGACAUGGAAACAGCGCAUGUUGUCAUUGCUCUCAAGGGAGCCUCAUUCAAAAGCCCGGACUACUUCCCGCUCCUGGUUGCGCAGACAAUUGUGGGAAGCUGGGAUCGGUCCAUGGCCGAUGGAUAUUACCUUUCCUCUCCAUUGGCCCAAAAUGUGGCGCACAACUCGUUGGCACACUCAUUUACGUCGUUCAAUACGGCCUAUGUGGACACCGGUCUUUGGGGGAUUUACCUUGUCAGCGAUAGAAAAUAUAAUUUAGAUGACCUUGUCAACAAUGUCCAAAGCGAAUGGGUGCGCCUGUGCCUUCAUGUCACCGAGGGCGAGGUUGAGCGAGCCAAAACACAAAUCAAGGCCAUGAUGAUGCUUUCGCUGGACGGAUCGACCCAGGUUGCGGAAGAUAUUGGCCGCCAAAUUCUUGUCUUUGGGCGACGCUACUCCCUUGCCGAGAUGGAGGCUCUGAUUGAUGCAAUUGACGUCUCUAUGGUCAAGAAGGUCUGUUCCGAGUAUCUGUAUGACCGUUGCCCUGCCGUUGCCGCCUUUGGGCCCAUUGAAAGCUUGCCAGAUUAUAAUAGAAUUCGUGCCAGCACAUUGUGGCUCAGAAACUAG